CGUCUUCAUGCCCCGUCACUACGAUUGUUCCCUUGACUACUGAGUGAACGCUUCGACAGAAUCAUGUUGUCUUUCAGAGCUACAUUUUCUGGAAAGACAUUUACGGCAAAGCGUCUCGCUGUUUGCGAUGCAAUAGAGCACAUCCAAACCCGGUUGCUAAGUGACGUCAAGAAACCGCAAGGAUUUCGUCCGCGACGUCGACCAGCUCGAGGCUACCGCCCUGUCAAACCCGUCACGAAAAAGGCUAGAGAUUUGAUUCCGAACAACGACCGCAAAUUCGUUACGAUUGGGAAUGUCGCGAAUCCUCGGGAUGAGCUCGAAGCCGAAUUUGGGCCUAUAGGCGCGCAAAUUUUUCGUGAUAUGCAAGGAGAGAAAGCGAAUGCAGGAGCGACGGACGAUCCGAUUGAAGACCAAUUGCGUAUGGCGGACUAUCUUACAGCUGAGCCGGGCUCGGUUGAAGACUUGGUGGCCCAGCGCCGUUUCAAGAUGGAAGCACUCACAGAGGAUGAGCACGAACAAUUUUUGGAAGAUUUGGAUGAAUUCGUCAGAAAAGGACAAGAGGUGUCGAUGAUGCCUGACGAUACUGACUACAUUCCGCCAAAAAAGAGUAAAAAUGAAAAAGUGACGUCGAAUCUCCGUAUUGGAGAAGAUCAAAAAAGCGAUAUGAAUGAAGAAGAACCGGAAGUCCGUUUGGACCCCAACCAGCAUGUGCACGGCGAGUGGAGUGAAAUGUUGAUUACAGUUGGUCGUACCACUAAGCUUUGGCGGGGUGGUCGCUUGGAAAGCUAUCGUGCUCUGGUUAUUGGUGGGAACACAAAUGGAUGUGGAGGUUUCGGCAUAGGAAAAUCAUGGGACCCGGUCCUUGCCGUAGACGUUGCAGGUCGCAACUGUAAAAAAAACAUCUUCUUUGUUGAUAGGUACCAAAAUGAUGGAAUUACUCGAGACUUGGUCGGGAAGCAGAAUUCCUGUAUAGCGAAAGUGAUGUCUCGAGAUAACGGUUUGCACGGAAAUCCAUUGAUGCGCGAAAUAUUGAAGCGUUUCGGAAUAACAAAUGCGUCCUGUAAAGCUCACGGAAAUCGAAAUCCCUUCAAUGUUGUCCGUGCAACAUUUAAGGCCCUGAUGACCCAUGAAUCUCUCGAAGAUAUUGCAUUAAAGCGUGGGAAGCGUAUUUUGAGCCUCGAUCGAGCCAUGAGAAUGCAAGUGUAG